AUGAACGACGGUAACGAGCAUCAAAUCAGUUCGAUGAUCGUACCCGUGUGGAUUAGUCACGAGCAUAAUCCCGAGUUAGAGAAACUUACCUAUGCGCUGCUGGAUGAUCAGUCUGAUACGACCUUUGUUUCGCAGGAAACAUUAAACCACCUUAACGUCAGUGGACCGAAGACACAGCUAUCAUUGUCGACUAUGCACGCGGAGAAUGAAUUGCUACCCAGUCAAAGGAUCAAGGGACUAAGAAUCAGUGAUGUUAUGCAUAGAAAGGUUAUUCAACUUCCCACGAGUUUUUCCUGCAUCGCAAUACCAGCAAGACGUCAACAAAUCCCCUGUCCCGAAAUGGCUAAGAAGUGGCCCCAUCUCAGAGACAUUGCCUCUCAUCUGAUACAUCCUCAGAACGAUAUCGAAGUAGGACUUUUGAUUGGUUCGAACUGUCCUCAAGCAAUAAUACCGCGCGAAGUUAUUCCCGGUCAGCAAAAUGAACCCUACGCGCAAAGAUCUGAUUUGGGCUGGGGAAUAAUCGGCAAUGUUACCAAGCCCACCGAAAACAACGAUGAAAGUUCAGUAGCCAUCGUUCACCGAGUAACUACGCGUAACCCCACAAGCACCAACACGCCACAGCGGAAGACUUGUUAUUUUGCCAUUAAGCCAACUGUGAAGGAAGUUAUUAAUCCUGCUCAGUUGUGCCAAAUGUUAGAGUUGGACUUUUCCGAAAGAAGAAGUUCUGAGCCAUCAAUGUCACAGGACGAUAAGAAAUUCCUAUCUAAGAUGGAUCAAGGAGCGUAUCAAGAAGAAGGUGGCCAUUACGUUAUGCCCCUACCAUUUCGUGAGCUAGUACCAAAGAUGCCCAACAACAAGUCGCUAGCCUUACACCGACUGUCGAAACUACGAAUUCGCUUGGAGAAGAACGAGAAAUAUCGGAAAGAUUACAGCCGCUUUAUGAAUGACCUCAUCGAGAAAAACCAUGCUGAGAGAGUUCCUGAAAAGGAGCUGGAAAAUGAGGACGGCAGCACAUGGUACAUUCCACAUCAUGGGGUAUACCACCCGCGAAAGCCAGGCAAGAUACGUGUCGUCUUUGACUGCAGCGCAGACUACAAAGGUGAAUCCAUUAACCGCCAUCUAUUACAACGGCCCGAUCUCACAAAUCAACUCGUAGGUGUUCUGUGCCGGUUCAGACAAGAUCCUGUUGCGCUUACUUGCGACGUCGAAUCGAUGUUUCAUCAAUUCAAGGUUAUCGAAGCAUACAGAAACUUCCUACGAUUUCUUUGGUUCGAGGACGGCGACAUAACGAAGAACCCGGUGGAGUACAGAAUGACCGUACACCUUUUCGGCGCAGCAUCUUCGCCAGGUUGCGCAAAUUACGGCUUUAAGAAAAUCGCAACAGACCACGAGAGAGAGUUUGGAUCGGAGGCGGCAAACUUUAUUAAGGACAACUUUUAUGUCGACGACGGCCUAAAGUCGGUCAACACAGCCGAACAUGCGAUUUCUUUGAUUCAGAAAACGAAAGAACUGUGUGCGAAGGGUGGCUUACGACUCCAUAAAUUUGCUUCUAAUUCGAAAGAAGUCAUCGCAGCAAUCCCACCCGAAGAUCGUUCGUGUCAGUUGAAGGACCUCAAUCUCGGAAGCGACCGCCUACCGAUAGAAAGAGCACUGGGAGUGCAGUGGUGUAUCGAGUCCGACGCCUUCCAAUUGCAAAUAACAGUGCAAGACAGCCCAUUGACAAGACGGGGCAUUCUUUCUACCGUCAGUUCAGUAUACGACCCACUUGGUCUUGUGUCACCCGUUGUGCUCAUAGCCAAGCAAAUUCUUCAAGAGCUAUGUCGAGACGGAGCCGACUGGGACGACCCAAUUCCAGAUUCAAUCAAAGUUAGAUGGGAAAGAUGGAGAAGAGAACUUUUCCUACUCAACGACGUAAAAGUACAGAGAAGUUUCAGACCGAAGGCUUCGAACAACUGAAAUCCGUAGAGCUUCAUCACUUCUCCGACGCUAGUACGUCAGGAUACGGACAAUGUUCCUACGUACGCUUGUUGAACCACGACGGCGAAGUUCACUGUGCGCUCGCAAUGGGAAAGUCACGUGUAUCUCCCCUAAAGAACGUCACGAUUCCACGUUUAGAGUUAACCGCAGCGUUAGUUUCUGUCAGAGUAAGCACCGUGCUACACCGUGAACUUGACUAUGAUAAGAUUCUUGACAUCUAUUGGACCGAUAGUAAAGUUGUACUUGGCUACAUUGGUAAUGACGCUCGAAGAUUUCACGUUUACGUUGCGAAUCGCGUACAACAAAUUCGAGAUGAGACCUCUCCAGAGCAGUGGAAAUACGCUGAAAGCAAGGAAAAUCCGGCCGACGACGCAUCGAGGGGAUUAACGGCUCGCGAGUUUCUCGACAGUAAACGCUGGCUUUCAGGACCCCCAUUCCUAUGGAACCGUGUUCUCGACUUGGCCGCUGACGACCACCAACCACUUCCUAGUAACGAUCCCGAAGUGAAGACAAACGUUCUCGUCACCCAAGUAACAUCCAGAAGCUUCUCGACAAUUCCCGAGCGUCUCGAGUACUUUUCGGAUUGGCAUCGUGCCAAAAGAGCCGUAGCCGUAAUCGUAAGAUUUCAACGACGAUGGAAGAAAUCUCACUUGCGACCCGAUGAAGCUCCCAUCAGCUCCACAACCGAAUAUCAAGCAUCGAACGUCGAAGAGCGUCUUCAAGCCGAAGUUGCAAUCGUGAAGCAAGUACAAGAACAAGCGUUCUCAAAGGAAAUCCAAACGUUGCGUUCAAUGCAGAAACCCGAUUCUGGUCAAGACGACGUUCGAAGACGUAAAGCGGUCAUGAAGAAGACCAGUUUGCUUCAUCGUUUGGAUCCAUUUCUCGAAGGUAACGUGCCAAGAAAUUGUUGGCGUAUGGCCCGCAUAGAAGAAGCUUAUACUGAUGAGGACGGAUUUGUGCGAAAGGUGAAGCUGGUUAUGAGUGAUCCUUCACUGAAUCGAAAGGGAGAGCGCGUUCGUGCCAAAAGCGUGUUGGAACGACCAAUCCAGAAGUUGGUACUACUAUUAAAAUGCGAUGGUAAUCAAAGUGAAAAUGAAGAUAAACGAUUCCCCAACGGAGAGCCUAACUGAACGAUAUAUUUUAACCUUUAAAAGGACUUUAGCUUUAAGUUAUAUAGUAAAUUGUUUGACUGAACCAAUUUAAGGGAGCCAUGUAACUGUGGGCUCAUUUCAUAGUUUAGAACCCAGACUCUGCACGGACAGUUUUGGCGCGAAACUAAUUCAUUAUAUGCGAACGUUCAUAGAGUUUACAGUUAACGUUUAGAGACUUGCGAUUUUUUGAUAUUCUAUUUCAUACCUGCGUGUAUUUAUAGUAGACGUAAUUCGUUUUACGUCAAGUGAUUCAAGUUUAAUAUAAAAGAAACGAAACGUUGCGUUGAGUUACUUGUCAGUUCAAAAUAUAAACGAAUUAAUCCUGACAAUUGCGUAUAAUACACGCAGAUUGCGAACGUCACGACAAUCGGCCGAAUUGAUAUUUGAUAACUUGUCCAGGAUUGCGGAGUCGAAGAAUUCGACUUUGAAUCUGGCCCGCAUUGUGAUUUUCGAAAGGGCAAAGUUUGCCAAAUUCAAAGACGCAACCAAAUAUUAUUUCUCCUCAGGGGGUGCCACCAAUUUGGACCCACAGCUAGCCGACGCAUGCGCAAGUCAUUCUAGAACACCCGCAAAGUCGGUAGGAGGAAAUGAGGGCAUAUCGAUUAGGAUUUACUCAGAUGACCGCGAGAAGAUUGACGAAGCCUGGAAAGAACUGAGAAGAAAGAUGCGUCAAAAUAUUCAUGAGAGGAUCAUAAACAAUGACGUCAUCAAGAAUUUUACUGACCGAGAUCUUGAGAAGCUGCAUGAACUGGAGCGUGAUAAUGACGUUAAGAUUAAAGUUGAUAAGAGCAAAGGGAUGGUUACAAUAGAAGGAUGUAUUGCUGACAUUGCAAAUAUGCAAGGAAGGAUUGAUAAAAUUCUGAAGGAUAUCAAAGAUAACGAAAGCAAAGGUAAAACUGUGAUGAACUAAGGUAAUUAAUGUUAAUAUAUAGUUUUGAUGCGAAACACAUUCUAAUAAUUCGCGAAGGAAGUAAAUGUUUAAUCAAUGUCUGCAAAUCAUAAACGUCAGUUUCGAUUUUCUAAGCUAAAAUAAACUGUAUCAUAUAUAAAAGUCAGAGUUGGUGAAUUGCUCGCAAAAUUCAUGUAAAAUAUAUAAAUAUAAAAUAGCAAUCGCGUCCAAUCUAUUCCAGAUAUACUCGCACGUAUUUAAAUUCAUUGAAAAAUACACUGAUUAACGUCCAAGAAUGUUCUUGAGAAGUAGAUCCGUCGGGCAUUAGAUUGGGACAGGUUAACAUUAGUUACAAUAAUUACCAUGUAUGUUCUGCUUUAUAAAUUGACGAUCAUUCUAACUACUAUAUAUCUAUUAUAUCCAUUUUAAGUUCCAGAUUACUGGGAUAACUCACCGACUGAUAAGAAAUUCCGUAAGAUCAGUGUGCCCACCAGCAGUAAAGAAUACAAGGACAUUGAAACUGCAUUCCAUAAAACGGCUCCGAAUCAAAUUGCUCGCAUCGAUAGAAUUCAAAAUGGAGAAAUUUAUGGCCUCUAUAAUCUGAAACGGCAAGCAAUGAUGAGGAAAUUUGGCAGUAACUUUGCAGGCAAAGAGUUAAUGCUCUUUCAUGGCACUUCCGUGGAAAAUAUUGAGAAAAUUAAUUCUGGUGGAUUGAACAGAAAUUUCGCAGGAAAAAAUGGUAAGAUUCAAAAUUAUAUAUUCCGACAUUUUUUGUACCACUGUAACAAGACAACAAUAAUUCGAAUCCUGAGUUUACAAGCCAGACAUCUGGAGUCUGUUUCAUCUGAUGACGUAACCAGGGGGAAGGGGCUCUGCUCCCCCAACCCAAUGGGCAGAUGGACAGGAACUGCCUUUGUGAAAAGCUGAAAUCCGAGCAGAAAUUGAGAUGGGGUACGAUAUGUGAAUAAUGAUACUUAUCUCUCUUGUUGACCGGUAAAAGUUGUAACCUUUCAAACCUUUACUAUCUAGAAUCGAAGUCCAGUAAAAUAUGCCUAUGGUUAUUGAACUGAAGCACAUUUGAACUUGAAUUUGCGCGCAUAGCAGCAGUCAUGACCAACUCGGCUUCAAAGUUCAAAUAUUGUGGCCAAGUGAGCUUCAUUCUUUUUAUUACAAAAACGAAGACAUCGUGCUAUUCUGCUGUUGUAUUUGUGCGUACAGUACAAUAUUUUACAAAUUUUUUUCGAUCUAACAACAUUAGGCAACUUAAAAAUGGCUUUUUGUGGUUGUAACUUUUUUCAAACCUCGUCCUAAAAUACGUGAAAUAGCGUUCAAAAUCUAGAAAUUCAAAAUUGUCCCAGGGAAGCAUUCCCCCCCGCCCGACCCCCCAGAUUCCUCGCACCUUUAGCGCUCGCAGUCGAAAUGCCAUAAAAAAAUUUCCCCCUCCCUUCCCCUCCACCUAAAGUUUAGACCCUGGCUGCGUCAUUGAUUUCAUCUGAUGAUUUGGCGAAAUUGUUUGCUACUCUGCUAGUAAGGUUUUUAUACCACUGUACAAAUAACUGUACUCCAAGUCAUUUUGUUGUGCUGUAUUAUUGUUAUAUUAAUUAAUGACAGAGGAAUAUGAAACAAAUUGAGAGAUAUUUUGUGUAAGUUAUGUAGGCUUUAUCAUGGUCAUAAUUUCCUUUGUGUUCUCUUCAUCACUUAUUAAUGCAAAUUACAACCAAAUAAAUACAACGAAAUUGACUGAACAACGUCAAACGAGCUCCGAUGUUGUCGUCCUCGUUGUUGUUGUAUAGUUUGCGGUGUUCUUUCAAUGCAUAUUUUUUGUUUUUCUAGGCACGAAAUUUGGCAAAGGUGUUUACUUCGCUCGUGAUGCUAGUUACUCCUGCGAUACGAAAUAUUCGCCCCCAGACUCGCAGGGUCUUCGCUACAUGUAUUACGCCAGAGUUUUGGUAGGAGAUUACACACAGGGAAAGUCUGAUAUGCCAGUUCCUCCCAACAAAACUCCUGCCAAUACGUACGAAACAUAUGACUCGGUGGUCAACAACCCUGCAAAGCCAACAAUUUAUGUAAUGUUUCAAGACUACGAGUAUUACACUGAGUAUCUUAUUACUUUCAAGUGA